UCGGCGGGUGCGCGCCCCAGCUGUGGCUGCUAUCUGACGUGGCAGAGCUCGCUCCCCUGUGCCACCGGCUCCGCUGCUGCAAGUUCCCUACAACUAGGACCGUGGUACCGGCAGGGACAUCACUGCCAGCCCAGAUAAUUUGAGAUUUUGCCAUUGCUAAUGAAAGUGUCAUCAGAAUGAGUCAGCAAGGCUACGUGGCACCAUCUCCAUACUCCCAACCUCAGCCUGGAUUGGGAGGUUAUCCUCCUGGCUAUGGAACACCUGCCAUGUCACCUACCUAUGGACAUCAUGCCGGGUCAAAUGUUGGCUCUCCCCCACCUCAAAUAGCUGGUAUGAAACCUGCGGUACCAUUUGGAUCCCCUGCUCCUCUGAACUCUCCUUCUCAAAAUAACUCAUAUAAUGGACCAAAUUCAUCUGGAAAUCACCAGCAGAGGCAGCAAGGACCUCCAACUACAAGCAUUGUUUCACCUUCCUACCCUGCCUUUGGUCAGUCUCCACCUCAUUUCAACAAUGGUGCUCCAUCGCCAGUUCAUCAGAUGGCCAACCAACUUAACAACAUGCAGAUAGGUGGCUAUGGGCCUUCUGGUUCAAUGACUUCUCAGAUGCCACUUAGCCCAAAUAUGCCUUCCAGUUUCCCACCACAGACACACCACAUAGGGCCAGGAUCCCAUCCACCUCCGGGACCAAAUAACAAUCUCAAUGGCUUACAUUCGGAGCCUCAAUUACCUCAUGGCAGUAUGCAAGAUGGAAUUACUGGACAUCAUCCUUACCAGCAACAAAUUCAAGGCCAGCCUCCAAAUCUUGGAUAUCCUCCACAAAAUCAAAACAGUUAUGGUGCUCAGUUACCAGGACCUCCAGGACCUCCAAUGUCUUACCCUGGUCCAUUUCCUGGAAGCCAACAGCAAAUGUCUGGCCCACCACCCAAAAAACUUGACCCAGAUUCCAUACCUAGUCCAAUACAAGUGAUUGAGAAUGAUAAGAUCAGCAGAGGUGGUCAAGUCUAUACUACUAAUGUCAGAGGACAGGUCCCUCCACUCGUUACCACUGACUUCACAGUACAAGAUCAAGGGAAUGCCAGUCCACGUUACAUUAGAUGCACAACAUAUUGCUUCCCUACCUCCUCUGAUAUGGCUAAACAGGCUCAGAUUCCACUUGCUGCUGUCAUCAAGCCUUUAGCUGUGGUUCCCCCAAAUGAGACUCCUCUUUAUCUUGUAAACCAUGGAGAAACUGGACCAAUUCGUUGUAACCGAUGUAAAGCUUAUAUGUGUCCAUUCAUGCUUUUCACUGAGGGAGGACGACGAUACCAGUGUGGAUUUUGCAACUUUAUCAAUGAUGUUCCUCCAUUCUAUUUCCAACAUCUGGACCAUAUUGGCAGGAGAACAGACCAUUAUGAGAGGCCAGAGCUAUCUCUCGGAUCUUAUGAAUAUGUUGCUACAUUAGAUUACUGCAGGAAAAAAAAGCCUCCCAGUCCACCUGCGUACAUUUUCAUGAUCGACGUGUCCUACAGCAACAUAAAAAAUGGUGUCGUCCGCCUGAUAUGUGAGGAACUGAAGACUUUGUUGGAUAAUCUUCCAAGGGAGGAGAAUGCAGAGACAUCAGCUAUUCGUGUGGGAUUUGUCACUUACAAUAAGGUUCUGCACUUCUACAAUGUGAACAGUAACCUGGCCCAGCCACAGAUGAUGGUGGUGACAGACACAGCCGAGGUCUUCCUGCCUUUACUGGAUGGCUUUCUUGUCAACUUUCAGGAAUCCAGAUCAGUGAUUAACAACUUGCUUGGUCAGAUUCCAGACAUGUUUACAGACACCAAUGAAAGUGAGACUGUCUUUGCUCCAGUUGUCCAGGCCGGCAUGGAGGCGCUAAAGGCAGCAGAAUGCGCUGGGAAGCUUUUUAUCUUCCAUUCAUCCCUUCCAACUGCAGAAGCCCCAGGAAAGCUGAAGAACAGAGAUGACAAGAGACUGAUUAACACAGACAAGGAAAAGACCCUUUUCAUGCCCCAGUCUAAUGUAUAUGAAAACCUGGCAAAGGAUUGUGUGUCCAAUGGAUGUUCAGUUGACCUGUUCCUAUUUCCCAACCAAUAUAUUGAUGUAGCAUCAAUGGGCCUUGUGACAAUGUUCACAGGAGGGACUCUGUACAAGUACAAUAAUUUCCAGGUGCAUACCGAUGGGCUACAGUUUAUAAAUGACCUCAGGAAAGAUAUUGAAAAGCGAAUAGGAUUUGACGUUAUAAUGAGAGUUCGCACAAGUACAGGCUUUAGGGCCACAGAUUUCUUUGGCGCUCUCUACAUGAACAACACUACAGACAUAGAAAUGGCAGCUAUAGACUCAGACAAAGCCGUGACUGUGGAGUUUAAACAUGAUGACAAGCUGAGCGAGGAUGCAGGAGCACUGAUUCAGUGUGCUCUAUUAUACACAACUAUCGGUGGCCAGAGACGCCUGCUUAUACAUAACAUCAGUCUGACCUGCAGUUCGCAACUUUCAGAUCUAUACAAGAGCUGUGAGACAGACGCCCUCAUAAACUUCUUCGCUAAAUCAGCUUACAAAGCAAUCCUGAAUCAUCCUCUAAAGACAGUGCGUGAUGUUUUGAUCAAUCAGACUGCGCACAUGCUUGCAUGCUAUAGGAAGAACUGCGCCAGCCCAUCGGCUGUCAGCCAGCUGAUCCUUCCGGACUCCAUGAAAGUGCUGCCAGUCUAUAUGAACUGCUUGUUAAAGAAUGAGGUUCUAGUUGGCAGCCCAGAGAUUGCCACUGACGAGAGGACUUUCCAAAGGCAGCUGCUAACGUCAAUGGAUGUGGCCAGCUCCCAGCUCUUUUUCUACCCACUACUUUUCCCAAUACACACAAUGGACAUCAAGAGUGACACCAUUCCUGCAGCUGUGCGCUGCUCCGAGGAGCGUUUGUCCGAUGGAGGAAUAUUCCUAUUGGCCAAUGGAAUAAACAUGUUCCUGUGGUUGGGUAUCAGUUCUCCACCUGAAUUUAUCCAAGGCAUUUUUAAUGUGCCCUCCUUUGCACACAUCAGCUCAGAAGUCACAUCACUGCCUGAAGUGGACAGCCCUUAUUUCAAGAAACUAAGCACAAUUAUGAAACUCAUUCAGAGCAAAAGUUCCCACUCGAUGAAGCUGGUCUUAGUGAAGCAGAAGGACAAGGCAGAGAUGGCUUUCAGACAACUGCUGGUGGAAGACAAAGGUCUGCUAGGCGGUACUUCAUACAUGGAUUUCCUCUGCUGUGUCCAUAAAGAGAUCCGCCAGUUUCUUACCUAAGCCACCCAAGAAGCCUCCUAUAGAUCGUCCUCAUACAUACCAGCAAACACUGUCCUGACAUACGCUGUGGGGUAGUGUACUACACAAGAAAUUACAUGACAUUUCGCAAUCUUUAUUUUCAGUGCUCACUUUUUUUUUUCCAAGUGAGUUUUGUGUAGCAUCAAGCAAAUCUGUUCUCUCUUAUGGAAGUAGCCAUUUGUUUGACUGGUUACUUCAAAAUAAAAUAUAUAUAUUUGUGUGUUAAAAGAAGGAAGCAAUUUAUACGUAUUUAUGUCUGAAAUUUGCAUAAGAAUUCUGUUUUUCUCUGAUCACAUUGUGAUGGCUUUGUUACAAAAUAUGUACAGGUUGAGUAUCCCAUAUCCAAAUAUUCCGAAAUACAGACUUUUUGAGUGAGAGUGAGAUAGUGAAACCUUUGUUUUUUGUUGGCUCAAUGUACACAAACUUUGUUUAAUACACAAUGUUAUUAAAAAUAUUGUAUUAAAUGACCUUUAGGCUGUGUGUAUAAGGUGUAUAUGAAACAUAAAUGAAUAGUGUGAAUGUAGACACACUUUGUUUAAUGCACAAAGUUAUAAAAAAUAUUGUAUAAAAUUACCUUCAGGCUGUGUGUAUAAGGUGUAUAUGAAACAUAAAUGCAUUCUGUGCUUAUAUUUAGGUCCCAUCACCAUGGUAUCUCAUUAUGGUAUGCAAUUAUUCCAAAAUACGGAAAAAUCCGAUAUCCAAAAUACCUCUGGUCCCAAGCAUUUUGGAUAAGGGAUACUCAACCUGUAUUUCUUAACUCGAUCUUCAAAUAAACUGUCAAAUGAAUGAAUGGGUUACAGGUACGCACAGAUGUUAUAGUAUCGGGAGAGACUGAUGAUUUCACACCCCUGUGAACUAUUGCUUUUUAUUGGUCAAGUUUAAUCUUCAGAUGUAACAUGUGCCUUCCCGCUGGCAUAGAAAAUGUCCUUACAGGAGGUGCCCAACACAUCAGCUAAUGUUAAUAAUAAUAACAACAACAAUAAUUUCUUCAUUAGUAGUAAAAUACUUCAUAAUAAUAACCAAGAAUAAAUCAUUCAAAAAGUAUCAGAA